UGGCGACGUUCAACUUACUCACGCGGCCAAUCAAAUCGCAGCUUCUUCACGCAGCUCCUCAGCCACUUGUAAACACGUGUCUGUACCUUCCAGUUUCUUUCGGCGGAUAAAAUCCACAAUCUGUGAGAACAAAAUGGCCAAAAGCUUGCGUAGUAAGUGGAAGAGGAAGAUGCGAGCGGAAAAGAGGAAGAAGAACGCCCCCAAAGAGCUGGCCCGCCUGAAACAAGCCCUCAGUCUGGGCAAGAAGGGUGAGGACGCCGUGAUGAGCGACAUCCAGGAGAUGGCCACCGUGGUCCCGGUUGAGAAGAUCAAGAAGGAGGCGGAUGUGAACAUGGCGGGAGACGGAGAGGACGACGGUGACAUGGACUUGGACAGCAAGCGCAACAAGAAGACGCUGCUGAACGAGCACGGACAGUAUCCGGUGUGGAUGAACCAGCGGCAGGCCAAAAAGCUGAAGACCAAGAGGGUGGCGCAGAAGGUCGGCAAAGGAAAAAUAAACAAGAAAAAGAAGGGCAUUGCCUGGUGAAAAGCAAAGACACCAGAGACGAUCAAUGUGCCCGUGAUGGUUGUCACACACGGGCUCCGUUUUAUUUGGAUGAAACGGUGGCAACACUUGGGACAGUCAGACGUAUAUAUAUAUCAAAGUAUAUUUUGGAUUUCUUCAUUCAUGUGCUUCAAAGUUGGUGGGUUUUUUUUUUUCCCAUGUCAAAUAUAUCCAAACAUUGUAAAGUCAUUGUAGCUUUAUCAACCUUCCCAAUUUUGAAAUGAUAAAAAGCUUAGAAUUUCAAUAAAAGGCCUGGACCACAGACUUAGUAAAUUGUUGUUGGUAAACAUCAGGAUGGGCAUUGGAAAGUAACCCAAAAGUAUUGGUUGAAAUUAUUUUUCUUUAUCCUCCUCUUAGCAUAGAGUGGCCACUUUUUGGUACAUAUUCUGUAUUCAUACACUAGGGAGGCAUGAUGUAACUUUGUAAAUUAAAUUUACCUGGUCAAAUAAUUGCAAAGACAACCAAUUAUUGUAUAAACAUAAAAUGGAGGUCGUACCAUAGUUAAUGUCACGUGAACUACAGUUGUCAUGAAUCUGAAAUAAGGGACAAUUGUCAUUUUUAGAUUCCUACGGUACAAAUGUUGCCAAAUACAAAGACAAUAGCUUGGUUUUAUAUUGUACAACGUAAGCCUGACAUUUUCACACUUGUAUUUGCGUGAAAAAGCUGGAAUAUUUUCAUUCAAGAAAAAAAAUGAAGGCAAUUUGGAUGCACCCGUACAGUGAAAAAAAAUAUUUGAACACUCUGCUAUAUUGCAAGUUCUCCCACUGAAAUUUUCAUCGUCGGUGCACAUCCGCCGUGAGAGAGAUCAUCUAAAAAGAAAUAUCCAGAAAUCACAAUGUAUGAUUUUUUUUUUUUAAUAAUUUCCAAGUGGGAGAACUUGCGAUAUAGCAGUGUGUUCAAAUAUUUAUUUUCUUCACUGUAGAUGCAUUGCCAGACACUCAAAAAUCACAUGACGUGUGCUAAAAUGCGAUCGGGACAGCCUUAUCCUUAACCUUGCAAACGUAUUGUCGUCAUCGUGUAAAGAGUGAACAUAUGAACAAUUUCCUACAUUGAAAUGGUUGAUUACGAUGACCCCCCCCCCCCCCC